CAAGCGUUCUGUGCAACUCGGAGACAGCGUUGCUCUCCGCAGAGGCGCGCACACGCCACGUCUCUCUCUGCACGACUCUCAUCUCCAUCCUUCCUCCAUCCCGCCACCAUGAAUUUGAAGCACCUGCCUGGAAAUUCCUAUCUUCAGCAAAGGUCUAGAUUUGCUGCUUGUCUUACAGGUUGCAAAUUCCCCCCACCCCAAAAGGCAUCCUUUGAAUCCCACCACCAGGAACGAGUCAAGCGCAAGUCCCUUUUGAGUGGCAUUUGGGAAACUUCAGCGUGUUGCAACCUGCUGCAACGGGGCGAGAGGCGGGGCUGCGGACUAUUUCCCAGUGGAAAUCCCCACGUUGCCCUUUUAACAUGCUCCGAGGUGGUCAGCGACCGUCCAAGCCCCUCAGCGUUCCGUGACCAACUAACUGGAGCAGCGCGGCCUUAAAAGGCGCUGUUUGGCUCCUGGCGUGCCUCCGUCUGCGCCUGCGCUGCCCAGUCCGUGUUUUUGUGAAUUCCUGCCCUCCUAACUUGGCGGUUUCCUCCCAGCACCGCGGCCGUUAAAAAUAACAAACCGCCCGUCCGCACAUUACGCAUCCUCGCCAGCCAAUCCGGAGAAAGAGCGGCUUUUAAGGCCGCCGUCUCCUAGGCGGCGCUUGAGUCGUUCUCAGCCUAUUCUGAGUCUCUUGUCCCUUUCGCACCCCCGCGCGCGCACAAUUUAACUUUGAGCCCUAGGGGUGGAAAAGGGAUUUAUUUUUAACCGCAUCAGCUCAGUGUUUAAGCUUUAUUAUUUUCUUCCCGGCCCCUUGUAGUUAGAAUAAUUGAAACAAGGGCUGAACUUGCACGGUGAUUCAAAAUUACCAUUUUAGUGGUUUUAUUGCAGUGAAGAGUUGGCAUGGAUGUUUUUCUCUACGUCCUGAGUUGUUUUGGAAGUUCACAACUUCCCUGCAAUUUUGACAUAACUGGCUCAUAAUUAGAACCAGGGUUGAUCCCUCCCCUGCCUGGGAUUUAGGAAUUAAGAAUCAAUGAAAGGACCUCUGAACAUAGGCAGAGUGCGCGCCCCAUAUCCAUGAGCACUUGCAGCUGGGAUUUCCAGGUAGGCUUGAAUUUGCAUUAGAAAUAUAAGGCUGGAUGCAUUUGCACUCGACACAUCCAGGGGAGCAACUGAACCACAGAAUUGUAGAGUUGAAAAGGGACCAUGAGGGUCAUCUAGUCCAACCCCCUGCAAUGCAGGGAUUGUUUUAACAUUGCAGCAUUUAAUUUAAAAGGAGAAGGCACUUCCAGACUCACUCUUCCGCAAAUGGGGUUCAGCACGUAACAGGAAAUUCUGGUUGCUCAAAUAAAGUUUGUUUGGAAGCCUUACGCAUCAAACCCACUUCCCCUCCCAAACUGGACUUCUUGCAAUAAGGGAAGUGAUGGGGAUACGCAUUGGGAAAGUGGGGGGUGAAAGCUGCUUGAUGUUGGUGCCAUGUAAUCUUCCUGCAAACCGAAUGAAUGGUCAAUAAAUAGCUGGUGAACAAAUGGUUUCAUUGUGAGCAGACCUCUCACAGAAAGAAAACCUUACAGAAUUCCCUUCUGAUUCUGCCUGCCAGCUGCUCUCUCCAAUAGGGGUUCCUGGCCUGUCUCCACAUUUGGUAGCAACACUGGGUCCAUUUACCUGUAAGUAAGGCCCCUUUAACGCAAUGGGGCUUACUUUUGGUCAGAUAUGUAUCGCAUUGUACUGUUUGUCCAGUAUAAGAAAAUAAUUUUGCCCUUUGCACCCAUGUAGCAGUUCAAAAAACUAAAAUCCUGUCUCUGGUCCUUGCUUUAUUGAGAUCUCCUAUACCUCUCCCCAGUCUCUUCACAGGUGGCCAAGCCAGGUUCAGUUUCAAUUCCACAUUCUCUGGAAAUCCACAUACAAAAAAAUACCAGAUAUUCCUUAUUUUGAAGGAAUGCAGUUUGUUCCAAAAGAUCUCAGAGAAUUAUGUACGCCCCUUAUUUCAGAAUGUUGCUGCUACCUUUGCACACUGCAACACAGAAUUUGCAGUUCCAAAUGGCACUUCUCUGGAGUGUUAGAAGCCAAAAAUUCAACCUCAUAUUAUUUGACUUCUAUGUAUAAUAAUAAUAAUAACAAUAAUAAUAAUUUAUUUAUACCCAGCCCAUCUGGCUGGGUUACCCCAGCCACUCUGGGCGGCUCCCAACAGAAUAUUAAAAACAUGAUAAAACUUGGAACAACAAUAGCCUCAUUUACUAUUCCUUUCAUCAGAGCCUGACGAAACAAUGGGAAGGGAGGCAUUUUAAUAAUUUGAGGUGUGAGGAUGCUUGUAUGUGCAAUCUUUAGCACAUUUACCACACUUGUUCAAUUCAAAUCAAUGAGACAUGCCUCUGUGAAAACAUGUUCAGGAUUGUCCUGUAAAAAGAUUAAGCCCUACCCACAAUCGUUGGCCAGAACAGAAAAGCUUAUUAAAUACACACACUGAAAAAUAUUUUUUGGGCUUCGGAGUUUAAUAAUUUGAUAACAUGAAUUGAUUACAUACCCUUUAUAAAUUAAAAAGAUUGGCACAAUUGGUGUAGCAUGGUUUAAAUUCUGAUAAAAAGCAAACUAGUCUUGAACUUUUGGUUGCAGAUCAUCAGCUAAAUAUUGCAGCACCGUAUUCCUAUUGUUUCUAUAAAGGGACAUAAUGGCUUGCUAAUGUUGCAAAAAUAAAGCAGGCUUCUUCACAACUUUUUUUGGCAUUUGCAAAUACAAUUGCUUAAUAAUUUAAAGAUAGUGAUUGAUCUACUAAUAUUUCUUUAAUCCAGUGAUAGUCAUAAUAGUUUUGCCAAGCACACCUGAGAAUUGAGUUCUUUUUCAAUUAUGGCUUCCUACCUUCACUUCUGUCUUAGCUGUUUUUAAACCAUGAACACUUUCUCUCUGUCUAGUGUGAUGCCACAGUCCCCAGUGCUUCCACCAAGCUGUCCCGUGAGCCUAGGCUACAUUACAGACCCUGAAUCUCUGGAGGGGCAGUUACUCAGGCAUGCUAUUGAGGGCAAGGUCAAGAAAGCCAAGAUACUGCUGAAGAGAGGUAAAGCCAAUCUGUUUCAAACUCCGUGUAGGUACGGUAAUUUCCCUCUGGUAAACAGUCCUGACAGAAUAUGAGGACUGCUUGGGUUACAAAAUGAGGGGAAGUCAGAUACGCUUCUGUAUGGGUAUGCUACUUAGGGCAUGGGACAAGACUUGGUUUUGCUAUUUGAAAUUGAAACAGUGCAUUCUGGUACCAUAGACUCGUAGAAUAGUAGAUGGACUAUGAGGGUUGUCUAGUCCAAUCCCCCGCAGUGCAGGUAGUCUUUAUCUCUUCAACAAAACCUCUUGCCGUUAUUCACGAACAGCGUUUGUGUCUCCUUCUUCAGGUGUGGAUGUGGACUGCCACAAUGCAUCUGGGCAGACGGGUUUGUAUCUUGCUGCCCUACUGAGACACGUCCCGGUAGUCCGGCUAUUUCUGCACUUCGGCGCCAACCCCAACCAGUGAGUGAUAACAAAAUUCUUGGAGAUGGUGUCUGGAAAGCUAGCUAUUCUUGAGAAGGCCUGUCUCCAUUUGAGUCCGGUCCUUCUUAAAACAUAAAAUUUUCUGUCUUGUCUCAACAUAUAUAUCCCCUCAGGCUAAGGUAUAUGUAUGUUUAUUUAGGAGAGAUGGCAAAAGUUUCCUUCACAGUGCUUUUUGGGGGGGAUGAUGUUCACAGCUUUGGAGUACUAUCACCUCUUUUUUUCCGCAGCCAUUAGCUAACAUUUUGUGCUGACAUCCAUAGCAACGUUUCCAAUAUAUGAUACCAGCUCCUCAUAUUUACCGCAAAGAGUUCUGGCUACCAUUGGCUGUAUAAACCUUAAGUUUCAGAUUGGUAAACAUUGAUGCCUCUUAUGGGGAAAAGACCUUAAAACAUUUUAUUUUCAGGCUCUGAAUCAAUUCUUUUCUAGCCGCCAAGGUCUUGUCUUUCAAAGCAUAAAUCAUGUCAUUUGGUUAACAGGGAAUACAACUGAGUAACCCCCAUCUGAGCAGAGAUGUGUGCAUUAACUCUAUCAGCUAAAAUGGCAUUUCUGAUUACAAAAACUAUGGCUGGCAGAACUUUACUUGUCCCCUGUUCUUUGCACCCUAACACCUCUUUCUCCUUCUCUCCCCUCACCCCAAAGCCGUUGUUAUGAUGGUAGCACCCCAGUCCAUGCAGCUGCUAUCUCAGGCCACCAGAAACUUCUGGGCCACAUCCUGAAAGCCGGAGGUGACCUAAGAUUCCACGAUCAAAAGGGGCAGACCCCUAAAGACUGGGCCCAGCUAGCUGGGAGUGAACAGAAUGCCGAGGUAUUUACAACUUCACUUUGACAUGUCUUAGAGCAGUCAUGGAAAUAAACCAUCAAGGUUACGUAGGGGGGGAAAUUGCUUCCUUGUUGGAGGCUGGCAAAGCAGGGCUGGAGAGGGUUGUCCCUCCUCUGACAUCCCUCUUUAGUAUCUAUGCAAGGUUGAAAGGAAGGACCAAAAUUUUGCUCCCCCUUUCCUCCAGCAGCCCACUCAUUAGCCUUCACGCAAGGGGCUUUUGAAGUUUGUUGUGGAAUGUUCUCCAAAGUGAGGUUUGGCUGCUGCCUUCACUAACAUCCUUUCGGUGCCAGGUGAAAACUUACCUUUUUGACAAAUUGGGGGUGAUUUUUAUGUCUUUUUUCGAUGGUGUGGUUCUACUGCUGUUUUGUUGGGUUUGCUUUAUAGGCUAUUGCGUGGCUUUUAUUGUAGCACAUUGUGUUUUCCUCUGAUUCUGUGGCACGCUUUAUACUUUUAAAGAGUUGCAAGUCGCUUGGAGACUCUUUAUGCGCCAAGCCCCAUAAUAAUAAUGAUAAUAGACUCGAGGUCAGGGCACAACCCAUGACAACACAAAUUUGCAUAAUAUUUGCACUUGCUCAUUCAUAUAGAGAGAUGCCCUUGGGCAAAUUAAGAUUGUGGGUUUAAAACAAAAGGUUGAGGUAAGGGCAUCCUGGUGUGAGAAUCCCAGGGCGUGGAUCCCCUGGGCCGCCCCAUAACCUUGCUGCUGCCAGUGUGCGAUUCCUUGUUGUCUAUGGCUACCAGGCAGCUGCAUAUAACCAUAGAAUCGUACAGUUGGAAGGGACCCCAAGUGUCAGGGACUGUGCUGAGGAGGGCUACAAUGAGGAGGCAUGGUGGGAGCCACCUCCUCCCCCCAACCUUGAAUUUUCCCAGGAGGACAGUAUAGAUUUAGAACAGUGGUUUGCAGAGGGGCGUACUACAGGAGGCAGAAGCUGGGAAAUACUGGAUGGGGAACAGCUAGGAGAAGAAACACUAGAAGAGAGAGGGUUAACAGAUUCACUCUCUCUGGAAAGCAUCCAUCCGUUCUCCUCAAGGUCAAGGAGAGCUGAGAAAGUGGGAGAACAGAAAGCACAGAGCAUAUGAGCUCAGGUUACAAGAUUUAGGAGUGACGUAGAUUAAUAGGGACGGAAGGGGAGUAAGCCUUAGUUGGGAGCACCGCCAUUCUAGGAGAGAUGCGUUCUGUUGUCUCUCGCUGUGGUUAUUAAAGAUUCUAACUGGUAAGAAGCCUCCUUUUCUUUUGUUCUGGUUAUCUAUGGCCAAGGGGGGAGGAAGCCAGUUCUCUGAAGCCUGACACCUAGUCCCAUCCCCCGCAAUGCAGAAAUCUCUACUUAAAUCACGGCUGUUGUGGAGUGCUGUUCCGCUGUCUAGCACCUCUCUUUUCCGUUGCCUCAAGGUCCUGGAUUUCAUCCAGCGGUGCUUUGGCCAGAUGUCUAUGCUGGUGCAGCACGGGGACCUGUUGAUGUAUUCCAAAGCUCUAGCAGCAUCACCACGCAGCCUGCGCUCCUCGCUCUCCUCGCUCUUAUCUGUCUCCCUCUGGUAAGGAUCCAACCUUCUGCCUGUCUUCUCUAACGCCGCGGGAGCCUUAGCCUAGUCUCUGUUUGGACCCAGCCCUCCGCUGAGACAGACAACUGAAUGGUGGCGGUGAUAAUGAUGUUAAAACAUCUUGGAAUGAGCAGGUUAAUGUGCAGUUUCGGGAAUUACAGUAAUUGUCCCCAUUGAACAUGUGGGGUUGGGAUACAGACUUUGUCGAGUUCCAUUCACACUGGAGGAAGGAGAAAGCGGUUAGGGAGGUGAUUUUCACUGACUCCUUCUGCCUCAAGUGCCCCCUGAAAAGCUGCUCCAGCAAGUUUUUCCUGAACAGUGUGGGGUGGUGCUUAGAGCUGAAGGGGGAAUCUGUAGAAUUCUCCCCCUUCCUCUAAGGGGAAUUUUCUUUCUGUGUAUCCAUCUAUCUAUUUAAAUGCCUAUAUUCUGCAGUAUCAUAAACAAAUCAAAGCAGAUAUAUAGAUAUAGAUGAUGAUGAUGAUGAUGAUGAUGAUAAUUUAUUUGUACCCCGCCCAUCUGGCUGGGUUUCCCCAGCCUCUCUGGGUGGCUUCCAACAAAGAUUAAAAAUCCAUUAAAAUGUCACACGUUAAAAACUUCCCUAAACAGCGCUGCCUUCUAGUUCUUUAUUUCCUUGACAUCUGAUGGGAGGGCGUUUGACAGGGCAGGCGCCACUGCCGAGAAAGCCCUCUGCCUGGUUCCCUUUUUUGUUGUUGUUGCAAAACUUGGUGAAACAAUAUUUAUAGUAUUACUUUCUUCUACUGAAACUGUGGGGAUGGGUUUAAAGAGGUAGGAGAGGAUAUAUUAAUUGCAAUCUAUCCCUCCAGGCCCCCACGUGUGUGGGUUGAACAGAGUUUUAAAAUCCCACCCUGGGCAACUACAAAAAUUAAAAGCAUAGGAAUUAGACGGUAAAGCCUUGUUUGAGCAAGUCCGGCGAUGAAGUAAGCAGGCUUCUGCCUGCUCACCCCACUUAACAGAGAAUCGAGCAACAAGUUGUAAAGCAAGUUGAAAAAUAAGACUUAUAACCAUGCAGCGGUUCAAAGCAACAGUUGCAGUAGAACGUUUGCAGGCAAAAUACGAUCUUUUGUGCUUCGACUGCAUUUCCGGACCACUUAUUCUCCCGUAAAAAUCACUGGGGUUGCCCAACGCCAGUGCUCCUGAUACUUAAAUGUGUCUCACAAGGCUUUGUUUCCAACCCCUCCUGGUUGCAGGCAUUUGGACGGCUCCAAUAGGUUGGGAAGCAGCAAGGAGACAGCUAUUGGAUACAGACAAGUAAGUAAACUUCUCUGGAAGGGUGUGAUUCAGUGUAGUAGAGAGGCCAUAGUUUCUAGGCUCAUAACUCCUCCCUUCUCUUUCAGCUGUGCCCAGGCAAGUGCCAGCAGCCCGGGAUUGCUGCCUUCACGUUCAUUGCAGACGACAGCGAGCUGCUCCGAGGUUACGGAGAACCAGACUGGAGUUACCAGAAUGGACCACACACACUCAUGAAGAAGUAAAGCUAUCAGCAUUAUCUAUCAGCCCUGUCUGUUCUCACCUCCCAUCUAGGAUAAAAAAAAUAGCAAUAGCGACAAUAGGUUAUCUUCUUGCAAGACCCAGUUCUAGGGAGAUACCUGAUCGCAGGGAAGCAGACUGAUCACAGUGAAAUGAAUCAGGGAGGGACACAGCUCAGUAGUACAGGAUGUGCUUGGCACCAGAAGGCCCCAUGUUCAGGUAGGGCUGGGCGGGACUUCUGUCUGAAACCAUGGAGAGCUGCUGCCAAUCUGUGUGGUGCACGCUCUGGUUAUCUCUCGCUUGGACUACUGCAUAUGUGUGGGGCUACCUUCGAAGGUGACCCAGAAACUACAACUAAUCCAGAAUGCAGCAGCUAGACUGGUGACUGGGAGCAGCGGCCGAGACCACAUAACACCAGUCUUGAAAGACCUACAUUGGCUCCCAGUACGUUUCCAAGCACAAUUCAAAGUGUUGGUGCUGACCUUUAAAGCUCUAAAUGGCCUCGGUCCAGUAUACCUGAAGGAGCGUCUCCACCCCCAUUGUUCUACCCGGACACUGAGGUCCAGCACCGAGAGCCUUCUGGCGGUUCCCUCACUGUGAUAAGCCAAGUUACAGGGAACCAAGCAGAGGGCCUUCUCGGUGGUGGCACCCGCCCUGUAGAACACCCUCCCACGAGAUGUCAAAGAGAACAACAACUACCAGACUUUCAGAAGACAUCUGAAGGCAGCUCUGUUUAGGGAAGCUUUUAAUGUUUGAUGCAUUACUGUAUUUUAAUAUAUUGUUGAAAGCCGCCCAGAGUGGCUGCGGAAGCCUAGCCAGAUGGGCGGGGUAUAAAUAAUAAAUUAUUAUUAUAUUAUUAUUAUAUGUGUAGACAGUACUGAGCUGGGUGGACCAAUGGCAUAAGGCAGCUUCCUAUAUCCCUGUAGUCUCGUAUCACCCGGAACCCUAAGACUUAUAGUGUAUCUUAAUCCUCAAGCAGAGACCUUGUAAGAUAUUGGAUAAAUAACGUACUUAUUAUGCAGUCACAUAACCUCUGCUCACCUGGGGCUGCAGGGGAGCGGUGUUUGCCAUGCCAUGUGGCCCCAACCCUGUCCGGGGGGGGGAGCUUUCUUCCCAUUGCAGCUGCGGGGUGAUGCUUGGCGCCCCCACCUCCGGGUGCAAUUUUAUUUAUUUAUACCCUGCCCAUCUGGCUGGGUUUCCCCAGCCACUCUAGGCAGCUCCCAACAGAAUAUUAAAAAUGCAAUGAAACAUCAAACAUUAAAAACUUCCCUAAAAAGGGCUACCUUAAGAUGUCUUCUAAAAGUCAGAUACAGUGGUACCUUGUUUUGCGACCGGGACCUGUUAUGGAGCCCUGUUUGCUAGCUGAAAAGGACGCAGGGCAAUGUGCCGCGUCUGUGCACGCAUGCGGAGCGGUUUGUGCUUCUGCGCAUGCGCCAGCAGCAAACCCGGAAGUAACCUGUUCCGGUACUUCCGGGUUUGCCGCGGACAUUUGCCAGAAUGGAUGUUAGACAAGGCGGACAUUCGCGGAGGUAUUACUGUAGUUGUUUAUUUCCUUGAUAUCUGAUGGGAGGGCGUUCCACAGGGCAGGCGCCACUACUGAGAAGGCCCUUUGCCUGAUUACCUGUAACCUCACUUUCACCUUUUCCCCCUUGCUUCCAGCUUGCUGUGGAAUGGGCAGUUUGUCACGGUGCGAAGCUUAAAGCCCGAAGCCCAUCCCCACUGCAGUAAAAUGCGUGGCGCCCUGGACUUACUCCUCGCUGAACAAAAAUACUGCAGGUAAUUCCAGCUGGCGGGCUUUAGGAUUCAGAUCAUGAAGGGAUAAGCCCUGUUGUUACGUGGGCGCUCACUCCCAUUUGUUCAGCAUGGCUUCCGUGUUUCCUUCAGCCAGCUGCACCAUCCCCACCUUCUGCUUCUCUUGGCCGUGAGCCCAUCUCUGGACCUGCAAAACCUCCAGCUCGUCUUUGAGAGGGUGGGCAUGUGUUCCCUCUACUACGCCUUGCACUGUGAGGUAAGUGAGACGGUCGGGGAAGCUCGGCUCCUUUCCUCACUUCCGAAGCUUAUCCCUCUCCCUCUUCCCCCACUGCAGAAGUCUAGCUCCCCAGCUCCCUCGGCGACUCUGCGUUUGCUGCUGCAAGUCUCCGAAGCGCUCUUGUUCCUGCACUCUCGGGGUUAUAUUCACCGGGCUGUGACCUCCCAUGCAGUUCAGCUGGUGAGACCUGGACUUGCCAAGCUCAGCAACCUCGAGCACAUGCAACAGAGGUUGGUUGGAGCAAGUGCGGUCUUUGGGAGACUCCAGUAGGAUUCCUCGGGACAUUUGACUGGUUUCAGUUCUGUUUCAGCAGGGCGGAGAAAAACAGGUUAGCCCAGCCUAUUCCUCCAGCCCCUGCUCUCUACAACUGGCUGCCCUUGGAAGUCAUCAGAGAGCGCCCGGCUUCCGUAAACUCUGACCUCUUCAGCUUCUGUACGGUGAUCCAGGAGAUCUUUACAGGUUGGUUUCUGGCCAGGGUGGGAAGCGGUAAGCAAGACUGGCAUGUCUCAAGAAGCCCAUCAGCUGAUUAUAAGUUCUCAGGGAAAUUCCAAUUGCCAGAAAGGUUUGCCUUGGCCUGUAAAUGUAUUAGCAGAAGAGAAGCAAGCAAGCACUUUAAAAUGGCACCACAGUCGUACCUUGGUUUUCGAACAGCUGAGUUCUCAAAUGUUUUGGCUCCCGAAUGCCACAAACCCGGAAGUGAGUGUUCCAGUUUGCAAACUAAUUUUGUAAACCAAAUGUCCGACGGCUUCCGAUUGGCUGCAGAAGCUUCCUGCAGCCAAUCAGAAGCCAUGCUUUGGUUUCCGAAUGUUUUGGAAGUCAAACCGAAACGGAUUCCUUUCCACUUCCAAGGUACGACUCUAUUUUUAGCAUUAACAUUUUUAGGCUUCAGCGUCGAGCUCUGAGACCUGCAUUACAGUGGUACCUCAGGUUAAGUACUUAAUUCGUUCCGGAGGUCCGUUCUUAACCUAAAACUGUUCUUAACCUGAAGCACCACUUUAGCUAAUUGGGCCUCCUGCUGCUGCUGCGCCGCCAGAGCACAAUUUCUGUUCUCAUCCUGAAGCGAAGUUCUUAACCUGAAGCAGUAUUUCUGGGUUAGCGGAGUCUGUAACCUGAAGUGUAUGUAACCUGAAGUGUAUGUAACCUGAGGUACCACUGUAUUUGAAUAUAUUUUUUCCCCUUAAGAAUGCAAAGCUAAUCUACAAGGAUGGCUUGAGGGUAAGAAGAAUCAGUUUACAGAGAAUACCGUCUUUUAGAGGAUCUGAGAGGUGAUUUGGUAAUAGACCGUUGGUGAGAAGGAGAAUUGGGUAAGGGGCUCUUUUAACAGAGGGAGGUAUCUAAUACAUAGCAUAGGUUGACCAUAUGUCAUUACUUAAAAUACUAAUGCAAAGGUGCAGAAAUGGGCUACCAGAUGGUGAAAGAACUGGAGUUCCUUCCACAUGAGGAAUGGCUGAAAUGUCUGGCAUUCUUUGGCUUAGAAAAAAGGCAGCUGGGAGGAUAUGAUAGAGGUUUAUAACAUGAGGCAUGGGUGUGGGCAGUGGUGCUAGAUUGCUCUUUUUCUUCCAUUCUCAUAAAGCUAGAACUGGAGGAUAUCCAGAGAAAUUGGUUGAAUGAAUGAAGGAAGGAAGGAAUUUAUAUACCACCCUAUACCCGGAGGUCUCAGGGCAAGUUCACAGAAUAAAAUCAAAAUAUAAAACCACAAAAUAUAUAAUCAAAAUAAAAACAACAACCCAAUAACACCCCCCCCAAAAAAAACCCCCACAUUUUAAAAGGACAUUUUAAAGUUGAUUAACAGUAGAUUCAGCACAGACAAAAGGAAGUACAAACAGUGUGCAAUUAACUUUUGGAAUUCGAUUCCGCACAAUGUGAACUUGGAGGGCUUCAAAAUGGGAUUGGAUUGAAUUGUGUGGGUUUUAAUUGUGGAAGUUAAGCAGGUCCUCUUGGGUUCUGAGUUGAUGUUCUUCUGGAUCCCAGUUCCUGAGGAGGAAGCUGGGGCUCCCUUGUCCUCUCAGCUGACUUCUCACCUGGUUUACCUCCCUUGGAAACUGAAUUCUGGGCUGGACACACCCAUGUUCUCAUCCAGAAGGGCUCUCACUUAGGUUCUUUCUUCCUUCUCCCCAUGAAGGAAGCUCCCUGCAGCUCUGAGGCAACUGUUUUGGUUACAGAUUUGUUAUGAUUGCUGUGGGCUGAGGGGAUUAAGUUGUUAUUCACUUCCCUCAGCCAACGCAACUCAGUCACCCCAAUCCAAAAUCCAGUUGUGCCUGCGCCCUGACCUCUGGGAAAGAGGGAAGUAUGGAAGCAUAGAAUCAUAGUAUCACAGAGCCAUUUGGGACCCUUAGGAUAAUCUAGUCCAGCUCCCGCAAAGCAGGAAUAUGUAGCUGUCCCACAUGAGGAUCAAACCUUCGACCUUGGCGUUAUCAGCACUGUGCAAGGUCAAGGGAUGCAGGUGGCACUGUGGUCUAAACCACUGAGCCUCUUGGGCUUGCCGAUCGGGGUGACCACGACAGGGUGAGCUCCCGUUGUUCUGUCCCAGCUUCUGCCAACCUAGCAGUUCAAAAGCACGCCAGUGCAAGUAGAUAAAUAGGUACCAUUGCAGCGGGAAGGUAAACGGUGUUUCCGUGCGCUCUUUCUGUCACAGUGUCCUGUUGUGCCAGAAGCAAUUUAGUCCUGCUGGCCACAUGACCCGGAAAGCUGUCUGUGGACAAACACUGGCUCCCUCGGCCUGAAAGCGAGAUGAGCACCACAACCCCAUAGCCACCUUUGACUGGACUUAACCGUCCAGGGGUCCUUUACCUUUAUAUAUAUCAGCACCAUGAAGUAACCUACUGCGGGCACCAGCACAGAAUGGUUGAAAUGGGGUGCCAAAAAUGAGUCAAGUGCCAUCACAAAAAAAGCGCUGACUCUUCUAGACUUAUAGUGGGUCUGCUUAACUUUGUGUUUUAUGACCCUACAAGUCAAGCAACCUGUAUUUUUCAGGGGAAGUUCCUUGGGGUGGUUUGGAUGGCCUUGCUGUGAAGGAGAAGAUGGAGGCAGGGCAGUCUCUCCCGGCUGAUGCCCGUGUGCCCCGGCCUCUCUAUGAGGUGGUCAAAGGCGGCACAGCCUUGAAGGAACGUGAUCGGAAGGGUACUUUCCCCGACUUACGCUAUGUUUUGCGGGCAGCCCAGCAGGUGAGGAGUUAAUGGGUGUUGCUUUAGUUUGCCUCCAUGUUGUUGUUUAAAUUAUAAUAACCAGAUUUAUUUAUUUUUUCAGUUUGGAAAGAGAUUGACAAGUGUGAGAAGGACAAAUUUGUUUUAAAUGGUUUUUUAUUGUCGUUUUUGAUGCUCUAACCCGCCCCGGGGCAUUAGGUGAAGGGCAGGCAACAAAUAAACCAUUAUUAACAAUCAAUCAAUAUUAACAAUGGAGAGAUAUUUUAAAAACCCAUCAACAAAAUGAGAUGAAUGUCAGGUGAAAGCUCGCUGUCAUAUAACCUCCCCGCAAACAAAUUAUUAUUAUUAUUUUAUUUAUUUAAUUCAUUUGCUGUCCUAUACCCAGGGGUCUCAGGGCAGUUCACAGAAUAAAAUAAAGAUAUAAAACCACAAAAUACAUAAUAAAAAAUAAAAACAACAACCCCAUAGCUCCCCCCCAAAAAAUUUUUUAAAGGGCAUAAGUUAUAAAUCAGAUCAACCCAAGACCUGGUUAAAAAGGAACGUUUUUGCCUGGUGCCUAAAGCUGUGUAAUGAAGGCACCAGGCAAACUUCCCUGGGGAGGGCAUUCCACAGACGGGGAGCCACUGCAGAGAAGGCCCUGUUCUCGUGUUGCCACCCUCCGGACCUCUCGAGGAGGAGGCACACAAAGGAGGGCCUCAGAAGAUGAUCUCAGGGUCCGGGUAGGUUCAUAUGGAAAGAGGCAGUCCUUGAGGUAUUGCUCAACAGCUGCUUAAUAAAGACCAUAUGUAAGCUUUGUGCAGGUAACUUGGGGUGGGUGCUGGAUAAGCCAGUCUUCUAAAGAAGUCCUUACUGUCAUCUCUAUCUUACCUGAAGGAAAACGUGAGACAAGCAUGAGUUGAGCUCAGGUUGCACCUGGCUUCCUGAUUAUGCAGCGCCUCAAGCUUUUCUCUAGGAAUAAGCAAGCUGCCUCUGUAGCCCUUCUUGUAAUUAUCGUGAUCAGAAGCAUACGGUGUGUCAUUUUUCUCUUCCUAGGAUGCCUCAGGGGGCAUCCCUCUCGUUUCAUCAGCGGCAUCGACUCCCAAGAAGCUCUGUCUGUGGGCAGGGCAGGCUGAGUCGGACGAAUCAUCCCUUCCAAUAAUUCCUGAAGGUCAGUUUGAUCCCAAACGGUAGGAACCGGCCAGGAUGCGCAACGGGGCAUUGCUUCAUGGGUUCAGGAAAAAAGAUGUGGGGAGGAGGAAGUCAAUGUAGCACUGAAUCAAAGUCCUUUAGUGGUGUCCUAGUUGCACUAGUGGAAUGGACUUGUGCAAGAGAAGGUUCUGGAAGCCAGCAUGGUUCUUGUGGCUAGGUGUGCAACAGGUUGCUGUGGCCUUGAUCUUGUUGUACAAGCUUCCAUUAGUGCAACCAUUGCGCUGGAUUUCAUAUUGUGCUACCAUUAUUCUUGCCCUUACGCUGUGUGGUCAGAGAACAGUGAACCUAGGCCCAAAAUCCUAAGGACAAGUGACCAGAAUGGAUUUGAAAAUUCAGGUACUCUCUUAGUUAGUGCUUUUUUCCCUUAAAAAAUGUUUAGAGGUACUCUCAUUUUGACUCAAGGAAAUCACCAUUUCAUAGUUCAAAUCAGGGAAAAUAAAUACAGUAAACAGACAAAAGUACAAAGAACAUGCAUUACCUCAUAUUACACAGCUGACAGCUCACAGUAACUUCCACGUUGGCAUGAGGUUGUGUGCACUAACAGCUUCCUGACUUCCAUCAGUAAAACUCCACACAUCCAUGUUCCACACUGCUUCACACAUUAAACGCUCGCUUUCGUCUGAGACACAGGAAACACAGUGACAGGAAAUGAGGCCGCCAUUGGAGGUGGUAACAACGAAACUGACCAGUCAUUGUGCUAGAUUCCAACUCCUACUUCACACAUUAAACGCUUGAUUCCAUCUGACACACAGGAAACACUGUGAAAUGAGGCCGCCAUAGGGGUAGCAACAGAACUGACUAUUCAUAGAGAAUAAACUUUUUUUAAUAAACAAAACAGUUUCUUCUCCUGCUAGAUUCACAAAAUGUUUAGGGGUACACUUACCCCUGCAUCCCCCCAGAAAAAGCACUGCUCUUGGCUACGAAUCUGAUGCUUUGUUAGGCAGGACGUUCUGUCUCAUAGGUUUGCAUGAGGCGGGAAUUGCAAAUUUUGUAGACUUAAGAAGCAUGUGGGUAAUAAUGACUAAUAAAAAUAACAACUGAAUAAAGAAGAAAGGGGGAGAAAUGGAGGCUUGGGAAGGAGCUAAAAAUGCUCGUAGUUCUAUAUGCUCUCGUCUUUGUCUAUAUUCUUGUCCUCUAGAGCCACCAUACUUUGAGGUGGAGACUCUCAGCCGGAGUGCAGAACAAAGCACUCCCAAUGCCCAGCCUGAAAGUGAGACAACCAGACAUGCACAGGUAACAGAUGACCAAGGCAGAAUAAUGGUGCUGCAUUCUUGAAGCUUCAGGAGCUUUUUCCUUUCUUCUCCCGUGGAGGACCAUAUUCUGGCACAAGCUGCUCCCACCAUGUGAUUCCCUAGGAUGGGCUGUCAUAGCAUAGGCUAAGAGGGACCCUGACCCAAAGGCGGAGCUAGCUGCUCCAGCACCCAGAGUGGUCCGAGGGGGUGGGGCUAGCCGCCCGCGGGGGUGCACCAGCAGAGCAUCCCGGGGGUGCAGUGGCAGCGGGGGGUGUCCUGGGGGGAGGCACCAGUGGUGGGGAGAGUCCCAGGGGGGCGCCGCUCACAGCAAUGUCACCCCCCAUCAGGGAUGACACCCUGGGUGGGCCGCACCCACCUUUCUCUGCCUCUGCUCUGACCUCUAACCUCCACCAUUAGUUUGUGUUCAUAGUGGAUAAAUCUGAUAGGGUCGCCAUAUUUCAAAAAGUGAAAAUCUGGACACAAAAGUUGUUGGGCUCCCCCCCCCACACACACACUUUUUUGCCGAUUUUCGGAAAUUCCGCCCAGUCACUAUUUCCGCGUGUAUGGCAACAGUAGUGGAAAUUGCCGGUGCUCGCUUAUUCGUCUCACAUCUGGAACAGGAGUCAAUCCAAUGAAUAUGGUCAGCGUUCACUGUUGCUGCUUGCAGUCCCCAAAAGAGGUGUAAUUGAUUGCAUAAAUUUGCAUUGGCUUCCCCUUGCCCUGAAAUGAACGGGAUGGAAUAAUAUAAUGACAAUAUAGUUUGUGUAAUUAAUUACACAAAUUACGUAAGCUACGUAAUUUCGUCACAGCGGACAGCAAGGCAAAUAAUGUCGGUUUUGGCAGAAGAUGAACUGCAGCAGAAUGGCAACAGUGCUGCGUGUGCCGAGUAUGGGGUGGGAUGGAAAAUGAUGCCCCCUGGCAGCCUUAAAUCUACUUUUCUCAACUACAUCAUGUCCAAUUAUUGAAGAGGAGGGACUCUUCCCACUAACAGGGCCUCUGGUAAAGUUUAUUUGCAUAGCACCGCCUAAGAAACAAGGGGAGGAAUAAUCCACGCCUGGUUGGACUCCACCCCUGCGGGUUCAAUGUUGCUUUCUUGCAGAAGGAAAAUGAUCAGCAGGGAAAUAUCCCUUGCAAAUCCUCUCUGGGAGAGCACAAGAGAUCAAACUCUGGCAGCACCUGUGAACCAGCGAGCAGCGGUGAAGAGGACACAGCCGAGUCAGAUAACAGGAGCCUGGUUUCUGCAGAUGUGGUGAGAUUCUGCUGUGCUUCACUUAAACUCCGUCAGCCCUGAUCUGCAGACCCCUGAAACCAGAUCACAGGAAACACUGGCUGCUAAAUCCAAUAUAUCCUCAUGUUGUUUUAACCAUUGGGUCACGAAGAGUCGGACAUGACUAAGUGACUAAACAAUAACAAACCUCUAGUAUUUGCCCUGUUAUGCAUAUCUCUUGUUUCCCACCCCAGAGCUAUGUCUUGUCCUCUUCUGUUUCUGUGCUUUUCCCAUCUGUUCCUAACCAUUUCCGCACUUCCAACCCUCAUCCCUUCCAACCUGCACCCAUAGAGGCCUAUACAUUUGCAACCAUGCUGGAAUGAUUCACGUUUGAUAUGCAAUUGACACGUGAUCGCCUUCUCCUUUUGGAAGACGGAGGCAGAACAAGGGCAGGGUGGAAAUUGCAGGCCGUGCUUAUACACCUGGUAUAAGACUCAAUGCUGCCACUUCAUUCUUAUAAAAAGGCUUUUUUCCACUGAUGAAAGGAGUUUUCACUGAGUGUUUAUAGAACUGCAUCGUUGAAACCGUAGUUUUGAAGAAAUAACUUUGUGCAUCUAUAAGUCUCAGCCAGAUCUUAUUAGAAGUGACCUUCCCUCCAAGGUGAAUGAAGGGGGAAUGGUUCUUCGAAAAUCGUACCUGCCAGCUCCAGCUUUAUGUGAACAUAAUGACAUUUUUUGCCUGAUUGUGAAUACCUUUCUAGGUGACUAAAAAGUUUUUUAGUCUACUGAGUUCAUUGAUUAAAGUUCCCUUAAUGAGAUCAAGAUCUUGCUCAAAGCUCCCUCAUUCUUGGCCUGCACCCCUCAGUUAGCUCUCUCGCACCCAGGGCUUUUUUCCCCCUCAGCCGCAACUCAGUUGCAGCAUCUCUCAGGUGGCCGCCAUGGCCGCCAGUGGGGAGUCUCAUUCACAGUGAGUUCCGGCACCUCUUUUUCUAGAAAAAUAGCACUGUUGUUGUUCUUGUUGCUUAGUUGUUUAGUCGUGCCCGACUCUUCGUGACCCCAUGGACCAGAGCACGCCAGGCACUUCUGUCUUCCACUGCCUCCCACAGUUUGGUCAAACUCAUGCUGGUAGCUUCAAGAACACUAUCCAACCAUCUCGUCCUCUGCCGUCCCCUUCUCCUUGUGCCCCCCAUCUUUCCCAGCAUCAAUAUCUUUUCCAGGGAGUCUUCUCUUCUCAUGAGGUGGCCAAAGUAUUGGAGCCUCAGCUUCAGGAUCUGUCCUUCCAGUGAGCACUCAGGGCUGAUUUCCUUAAGAAUGGAUGCAUUUGAUCUUCUUGCAGUCCAUAGGACUCUCAAGAGUCUCCUCCAGCACCAUAAUUCAAAAGCAUCAAUUCUUCGGCGAUCAGCCUUCUUUAUGGUCCAGCUCUCAGCUUCCAUACAUCACUACUGGGAAAACCAUAGCUUUAACUAUACGGACCUUUCCUCUCAUCCUAGCAUAUCCUUCUCCCUGCUUCCCAAAAUUUGCUCUCCUCACAGUUCUGUUAUCUCCUUUAGGGAGACUCCGUUGACAAGCAGGAGUCGGCGUUUGUGAGCAGUCUGCAGGAUUCGGCCUGUCUCUUGGCAGAGGCCCAGGCCUCGUUGGAGAAUCUUGAGAAACGCUUUGCUUCGGGCAUCCACAUGCUAGAAUCGUUAGUCGGCCAGCAGGGGGCACCGGGCCGAAGCUGCCACAGCGAUGGAGCCUUGCCUAAGCAAGUAGCACUGGGUGAGCUUGAAUCGUGGAAUCGUACAGUUGGAAAAGACCCUGCGGAUCAUCUAGUCCAACCCCCUGCAGUGGAUUCCUCCAGCUGUAGAUCCUUAACCUUAAAACAUUUGAGAUGGGCUGUCCAAAUUAUAUUUUGUGGUUUAAAAGGGUCUGGUUUCAGCAAACUAAACAAAGCAUGGAAAGAUUUACUGUUAAGGUUACAAUCUAAGUAGGAAUUAUUGAGGGACGAGGCAAAAUCCAAAUCAUUUUGAGGGUCUUUUACACAAUCAAGUGGUGUAUAAUUUUUGUGAAAUAAAUUAUUUGCAUAGAUAGAUGGUUAGAUAAAUAAACGCUAUCUAUCUAUCUAUCUAUAAAAUAGAAAUGUCUAUACCCCACAGUGGCAAAUGGGAAGUAAUAUAGAGUUGAACUGAUACACUCUAACAAACAGAACCUCUCUAUGGUUUUAGGGAGAGGUCUUUCCUAACAGGGCCACAUGAGAUAUCUUAGCAAGGGAGUUUGUGAACUGUCUGGAAAGCUUUUUCAUGCAUACAGAGUAUGCAUUGUACCUUUAAACUACAGCCUGUCUGCCACAAAAUCUCGAUCCAAUGGAAUUGGCCUUUUGUGUAUUGAGCUGUGCCAUCAAUUUACAAAACAUCGCUGUUUCCCAGCCUCAGUUUUGAACCUGCUAGGUCAGGGGGUCAGCAAACUUUUUCAGCAGGGGGCCUGGUCCACUGUCCCUCAGACCUUGUGGGGUGCCAGACUAUAUUUUUUGGGGAAAUGAUGAACCAAUUCCUAUGCCUCACAAAUAACCCAGAGAUGCAUUUUAAAUAAAAGGACACGUUAAAGCUAAAGGGACCCCUGACCAUUAGGUCCACUCGUGGCCGACUCUGGGGUUGCGGCGCUCAUCUUGCUUUAUUGGCCGAGGGAGUCGGCGUACAGCUUCCGGGUCAUGUGGCCAGCAUGACUAAGCCGCUUCUGGCAAACCAGAGCAGCACACGGAAAUGCUGUUUACCUUCCCGCUGGAGUGGUACCUAUUUAACUACUUGCACUUUGACGUGCUUUCGAACUGCUAGGUUGGCAGGAGCAGGGACCGAGCAAUGGGAGCUCACCCCGUCAUGGAGAUUCGAACCGCCAACUUUCUGAUCAGCAAGCCCUAGGCUCUGUGGUUUAACCUGCAGCCCUAAAGGAUACAUUACACUCAUGUAAAAACACACUGAUUCCCAGACCGUCUGCGGGCCGGAUUUAGAAGGCGAUUGAGCCGGCUCCGGCUCCUGGGCUUUAGUUUGCCUACCCAUGGGCUAGAUUCCAUAUCCAAGCAGUCAAAUGAUGUUGCUCAUGGCCUACAUUAUGCCAUACCGAAUUCUUGCCUCCCUGUCCCCGUUUACAUUCUUAAGAUUAAUGUGCACCUGUCUCCACCUGCAGAAAAGUGCAAGGAUCACACUCAAAACCGCUCCCUGCAGACCCUCAUUGAUUUGUCAGCCAAGGCUAGGAAAAAGAAACAGGUAGAAUUUUAUUUUAUUUUAUUUUGUAAGGAGAAAGCUGCCAGCUCCCUGUGUCAUUCCCUUAUGGAAUCCUAACCAUUCCCUAACAGUAAUAAUUUUCCUCCGCAGCGAAAUCCUGUCUCUGCAGAGAUUUGCCAUAGGAAAGAGAGCACCCCUGAAGGGCCACCUUGCUGCUUGCAAACGUACGUGGGUUGAACAUUUUCACACAGGAUUGAGCUUUCAGUGCAUGUUAUCUGAUAGAUCUGAUAAGCAAUGUGCCUUCUUAUUUCAGAGGCAUUUUCACAACUUCCCUAAAAUCCGUGGCUCAGUUGAUCUUCCAGUUAGUAUGUUCUUGCUGGAUUUCGAUCCUAUGCAAGUGAAUCCCAGUGGAUUCAAUGGGACUUUCUCCCAAGGAAGAAGGCACAGGGUUGCUGCACCCUUUAGGGGCGUGAAAUAUACUUGGAGUCGAGAGUGGAUUUCAUGCUCUUUAUUCAGCUCAUAGUAGUGAGGAGGAAUGGAAGUUCCCCCAGAAUGUCUGCCUUAUAUACAUUAUUUACACAAUGGGCCCCACGUGAUUGGCUAAUUCCAGGAUUCUCCUGUAGGCCAAUCAGGUUGCGGAUUCCCUUCCACCUGGAGCUGGAUUGGGUGGCUCCUGUGGACCAAUCAGACUGCUGCAUUCUGGAUUCUAUUGUUCUAGGACCAAUCAGACUGCUGCCUUUGGGAUCCUAUUCAACUCAGUACAUAACAGGGCAGUAUCUUGCUAAACUCAGUUCUGCCACUGCAAGAACUUCUGGCUGCACAACAGAACUUCCCCUCCCUCUCCUCUUUCCGUGAUCAGUUCCAGAGGAUUUAGAUUUAAUGUUCAAAUCUUUAUCCCAUAAACAUUCCCCCCCCCCCCCCGGGUUUAAAAUUUUAGGAGGUCUUGGCUUUGCGCUGAACUCUCAGCAGUAUAGGGACAAAUGUGUUUCUUUUCGUUUUAAUAUUUUAAAUCAGGGAUGAGGAACCUGGGGCCCUCCAAAUCUCGUUGGGCCACAGUGCCCCCAUCUUUCCUGGUCACUGGCCUGAUGGCUGGGGCUGACGUGGGUUGGAAUCCAACAUCAUCUAGAGGACCAGUUUCUCCAGGCCCUGUUUCAAAUCAAAUUAAGGGACAGACAGGUGGCUUCGUCAGACCCAGGUCUUCUCAAGUAGAUGGGGUCAGGGUGGCAAAGACACAGGCUCUCACAGGGGAAAGAGAAGCAAGUGUCAGAGUAAGUCCCUCUUUGACAGCAGACAAAGAGAGACAAGGGGGAGGGAAUGAGAAAUUACUGAGUGAAGGGGAAGAAGCAAUUGGCCACAGGAAUAUGAACUUUGUACACAUCGAGACGCAGGGAGAAAGAACACAGAGGCUAAGCUCAGAGAGGGAUACAGGGAGUGCCAUCUCUCAAAUCUUGUAGGAUCACGAGAUUGGCCGAGAAGCGUGAAAUUAACAGGAAAAGAAAGUGGGGGUUUUCCUGUUGGGGGAGAAGGGGGUGGAGCUCAGUUCCGGCAACGCUUAUGUCGGAGGAGGACUGAAUUAGCUGAGCUGCGAUUGGGGCUCUGUGAUUUACCAAUAAAUCAGAAAUAAUUAACUACUGGAGCCGUCUCAUUGGGGGGGGACGGGACCCCUUCCUGACAGCAGGAUAUCCUGGUUACUCACAAGCAAGGCUGACCUGGAAUGCUUUAUAGGAAGCAGGGUGUGUUAUCACAUGGCCGGCCCUGUUUUGUAGGGACAGGAAGUUGCACCACCUUGGUGCUAGCAUUAAAACCCAGGAGUAUUCUCCACACACACACACACACACACACACACACACACACACACAUCCCGCUCCACCUGCAUCAUUGCCUAGAAAGAUUUUUCAGCAUUAAAAUAAAAAAUAAAGCACUACAAGACCAAGAAGCCCUGACAGUAUUGCUUUCUCCUACUUACAUUUGUUGGUAAUUACUCUUCUGAACUCGUUUCUAAAACCAGGCAUGUACAUUCUGGAAGUUACUUCUGCCUUACGUUUCUCUCAUUUCUAAAAAAAAUAAAAUACCACAUGGAACUGUGUUUCAAAUACAUCUUGCACAUCCCUCCACAGGUUGGACCUCCUUCAGGAAAUCAUCCAGGAGCUGCAAGGAAAAGGCGAUUCUCCCACUGUGAGCCAAAGUAGGUGGAGCAGUCUGUGUACAUACAUACUUUUAAAGCACAUUCAUAGCGCCGGCUCCCCCCAAACUUCAGUUUGCGCCUCACAGCUACAGUUCCCAGCAUCCUUAACCAACCACAGUCCACAUGUACUUUAAAUGUAUGGCGUGUAUGACUGAAGGACGAAGCACAUAUAUAUCCACUGUUCUAAAUAUGUGGCAGAGUAGUGAAAUAAGUUAUUUGUUUAUGUAUCGAAACAGUUGUACAGUGGUACCUCAGGUUAAGUAUUUAAUUCAUUCCGGAGGUCUGUUCUUAACCUGAAACUGUUCUUAACCUAUAGCACCACUUUAGCUAAUGGGGCCUCCCGCUGCCACCGCACCACCGGAGCACAAUUUCUGUUCUCAUCUUGAAGCAAAGUUCUUACUAUUUCUGGGUUAGCAGAGUCUGUAACCUGAAGCGUAUGUAACCCAAGGUGCCACUACAUACAUAUAUAUAUAUAUAUAUAUAUAUAUAUAUAAAACCUCUUUGCUAUCUUGCAUCUUCAUUCACGCUUGCAACAUCACAUCAUACUCCAAGCUGGCCGGUUGCCUUUAUGUUCAUUUUUUAAAGCACCACUUUUGCAUUUCUAAUAUUAGAAGUUCAUGCUCAUUAGGCCCUUAUUUUAUUUUUUUAAAUCAUGGUAAUUAAAUUGGAGGGCUAUGAGUACUCAGAACACAGGAGUGGUCAGGGAGAUGAGCUGCUCAGUUCUGUGCCGAGCUAACCUGCCACCUACCUGCCCAUAACUUGAAUGGCUUCCCUUCAACUUGGAGAGGAAUAGGUAUAUGUCUGGCCAGUAGGUGGCAGGUGAUGCCUGCCCUUUGAAAAACAAAAACAAAACUUAGUUAAUGAGUUUAUUAUACAAUGUGGGAUUUGGGGAUGUGGGAUUCUUUCCAGACCGUGCCUGGAAAGAGUAGAGGAAAGGUAAGUGUGGAUAAGCCCUCAGGGCAUGGGUUCGGAAAAUGAAAUAGGAGUAUAUAUGAACAUAUAUUUGCACGUUUUGCAUAAUAAAAAUUGGCUUGCUGGCCAGAGGAUGCAGGAAACUAUUCACACUGCCUUGAGCCCCUGCCUCUGAACCCUUGAAGUCUCUAGUCUGCUCCCUUCUCUAUCUUCUGAGAUUUCAGUGGUCUUCCCCAUAUGCUGUCCAAACUACCGUAUUUUUCCAUGUAUAAGAUGGCGCCUAUUUUUUUUAACCCAAAAUUAAGAAAUUUAGUUGUUUAGCUUUUGGGGGUGGGGGGUCACUUCCACCAAUUCCUCACCCGCCUUCCCACCACUGCCAAUUGCUUGCCACAGCCACUUCCGAUCGCACACUUCGCUGCAUCCGCCAGUUGCCUGCCGCAACUAAUCGCCAGCAGGCCUUGCCGCUGCCACCAAUCACCCGCCCAGUCGCCACUGCCAAUCUCCUGCUUGCUGCUGCCAUUAAUCACAUGUCUCCCCUCUCAUUUCACUAUCCAUGUGUAAAACGACACCCAAUUUUUGCCUAAUUUUUUUUUAGCAAAAAGCAUCGUCUUAUACAUGGAAAAAUACAGUAUCUUUACCCUCAUUCUCUUGGAGAGCAGAUCCAUAAGCAACAGCUGAGAUUCUUAGGACACUGAGAUGCUCAGUGUCAAAUUCCUCCCUUGUGCAAAAUCUCUUUCUGUAUUUGUUCUAGAGAUGAACCAGGAAGUACCAUCUGUACCCAAAUAGGAGAGGGAACAUAGCUUAACAAUAAAGCAUGAGUUUUGCAUGCAGGAGAUACAAGGUCCAGCCUCUGGCAUCCCCAAUUAAAGGAUCAGGACUCCACAGGUGGUGUGGAGAGCCAUUGCCAGAGUAAGCAACACAAGGUGGACAAAUAGAUGGGCAGCCCCUGUGUUGCUAAGCGUGGAAUCUUAACUGACUCGUCACAGCAUAGCAUUGUGUCUCAUAAAACCCCACCCCUCACUUCCUUAAGGCAGCAAGCAAGGAAUGGAAAAGGACAAGCUCUUGUCUCAGGGCAAAAGAAAACAACUCCAGUCCCCGCUGCAGGGCAAGGGGCGGUUGCUAGCUUGAAGAACCAGUGAGUGAUCCUUACCAUAACCGUUCCACUGGACUGGACUGGACCAGAGCUCCUAUUCUGAAAUAAAAGCAAUCUGCAUCCUCGUUCCUUUAUCAACCCGUAUGGACUUUGAGAAUCUACUGCCCCGGAUACACAACUUCUGACGCGCUAAUUAAAUAGUUCAAAUGAUUCCUGUACUUCUGUG